ACCUUUGCAAUUACCAUCUUAGACAUAUAUAGGGUCAUCUCAACUUAUAUUCAAAAUCCAACUUCCCAAAUCUUAUUCAUCGAUAGCAAAAGAAUCUGAAAAAACACAUGACAUGAAUAAACUGAGAGUAGUUUUUUAAGACUAGAAUUUUUAAGGUUUUAGGCUGGGGAGGGCUGGGCCUGUUAUAACACAUUGCGAGCCCCAUUGUCUUGAGAACAGUGGCUCUUCAUGCACUUUGUUUAUGAAAACAAUAGCAAGAGAAUGUUGACAAUUUUACAAGUUAUAAGCUUACGGGUUGCGUUAGAAAAAUGAAAUCCUAGAUACUUUUUCAGUUUCUAUAAUGCAGAAAAGAAAUCUCGGAUGAUGACAACCCUUACAGGUUAUAAAGCUUCAGGAGAAUGGCAAAUGGCAAGACAGGAAGUGAAAACUAUCUGCAGGCCUCAACCAAACAAUUAAUUUGACUGAAUCACUCGAGUCCACACAGCCCCAGAUCAAACCAGGACAAAAGUUCAUUACAUACAAGAAAAGCUAAUGAAUUCAAGAGCUUCUUGAGUUUCUAUAAGUAUAAAAUUCAUAUAGUAUAGAGCAAUUCAGGAAGAGGGUCUGCGUUAAUUCUCAGUUUCUUUUCCCAUAUUGUGGUGCUAAGAAGAUGGGAAAGGCAAGCAGAUGGAUCCGAAACUUCUUGUUAAGGAAAAGGGAUGAGAAAGAUAACAAGAAGAUCAACGAUGCUUCUGUUUUAUCUGGGUAUGUGGCUGCCAGCAGCGGUUUACCACUGCCAACCCCGAAGAUAAAAAGGCGGUGGAGCUUCGGGAAAUCCGCAGCCAAAGGCAAGGCACACAAGCUCUCAAGGUCGAUGGACUUGACCGAGACUGCUCAGCUGGUGAUGCAGGCAAGGGCCGAGUUUCAGCUUCAGCGCGACCGCUCGUUGGCACUGUUGGCCAUAGCCAGUGAUAAACAUGCAGCUGCAACGAAAAUACAGGCCAUCUUUCGCUCUUACUUAGCAAGGAAAGCAUUAUGUGCUUUAAGGAGUUUAGUGAAGCUCCAAGCGCUUGUGAGGGGUUUCCUUGUGAGGAAGCAGACUACAGCCACUCUACGGUGCAUGCACGCACUAAUGUCAAUUCAAGUCCGAGCCCGUGUUCAAAGGAUCCAGAUGGCAGAGGAAGCACAAGUCACGGUUCCUAGGCGGUCGUCAGUCCAUAGAAAUUCAUUCCAGGAUGGCUACAACAGGAAAGUACAGAAAGAACCGCUGGAUAGAAAUCCCAUAGAGUCAUGCCAAGUCUCAAAGAGCAAGAGUGGCUACUUCAAUCAACCAAAGGUGGAAAGAAGAAUAGAGCAAGGCUUUACCACUUACUUUUCCGGAGACCUCUCGGUAGCGAGACAAGGACAACAGUACAAGGAAUACUUCUUUUCCUCGGCACAAAACACUCCCCAAGACAAUCGGUCCGUCAUCACUAAAACGAGAUCAAGAAGAGAUUCUUUCGCUUUUCAUCACACACAUACUGCGGACUCUGCAUCUCAGAAUUAUGCAUUGGGGCCGCAUUACAUGGCAAACACAGAGUCAUCGAGGGCGAAAACCAGGUCUCAGAGCGAACCAAAGCAGCGGCCCAAGUGGAGCGCAUGGCAGAAGAGCAAGCAGACCCCAUCGGUGGAUGGUACAAGCACACAGCUCGGGACUCAGUUGAGAGACCUCACUCCAGGGCCGAAACUCGCUUCUCAAGAAAAUCAAGAACCGUGGUUCGUAAAGCUCUAUAAGUCGAAGAGAUCGGUCAACGACAGUGAGAGCGAUACCAUUACCAGCACUGUGACUACUCAUUCCAACUAUAGCAGACCUCUUAUCGCCUAUGAGCCGCAUUUGGCUAUGUUCUAAAGACGGCGUAAAGCGUAUUUCAGAGACCAGAGCGUGAUGCCAUCAACUUGGCAGUGAAGGAGGUGGCUUUUGUACAUGAGAAUGCAGAAGAUGGUUCUUUGGUCACCUAGAGAUUCAGAUUUGGAUCGUAAUUGUGUGGAGCUCAGAAUUAAAGCAUUACCACUGUUGCCUGUUACCUCCACGUUUGAAUGCGAGUCAUCACCACGGGUUGGCAUAA